UUGGGGCGGGGCUUGAGCCGCGUGGAGCUCGGAGGGAGGCAGGGAAGGAGGGCGCCUCGCGGAAGGCUUUGGGCAUCAUCAGAAGGCAGCAUGGCCCGGGAGCGCAGGCGGAGGGGGCCGGACGGGGGGCUGCGGCCCCAGGGCCAGAAGGGGCCCCUGCGGCUGCCAUCGUCCCCAUCAUCCGCAAGGAGGACAGACCGUCCAGGGGCCCCCAAGGCUGGGUCAGGGGCACCGUGGGGCGCAGGGCGACUGUGUGGGGUGCUGGCUCUGGCCCUGGGGUCCCUGGCAUGUGCCACCUUCGCCUGCUACGGCCUCUUCGCCCGAAGGUGGCUGGCCGCCCAAGUGGUCACCCUGCACCCGGCCCCCCGGGCCCUGGACCCCAACGGCAGCAGCCCCACCGCCUCCCCGGGACUCUUCUGGGGCUCCUACCGGCCCCAGGUCUACUUCGGGAUGAAGACCCGCAGCCCCCGCUCCCCGGUGGCAGGUCUGAUGUGGCUGCACCAGCAGGAGGGGGACGUCCGGCUGCGCCACACCUGCGAGCAAAGCGACGGACUCCCCCGCUACGGCUGGCUGCUCCACGACGGCGUCCACUUUGGGGUCCAGGAGAUCCGCGAUGUGGGCCUCAGCCUCCAGACGGAGUUUGUGAAGCGUCCCGGGGGCCAUCAUGGCGGGGACUGGAGCUGGAGGGUCACGGCUCGGCCGGAGAGGACUGGGCCCCAGGCGCCGCUCGUCUCCCUGCUGUUCUAUGUGGCAACCGAUGGGCAAGGGGCACUGCAGCCGUUGGUGAAGGAGAAGACCCGCAUGGCGUCUCUGACGGGCGUGACGGAGGAGCUGGGGCACUUCACCAUCACCUUCCGGCCACCCACCACCGAGACGGGCACAGCGCCUAUCUAUGCCAGUUAUAACUACCUGGAUGCGAAGGCGGAAGGGCUGCACCGCCUGAGUGACGUGGUGAAGGCCAGCCUGGCCCCUCGCUUUUCCUACGCCGCACCGGGAGCACCCAAGCGCCACUACUUUGGUGUGGACACCUAUCGAGCCGCCCCGGGACGAGGAGGAGAGCCACGCAGCCAGCUCCUCAUCCACCAGGUGACCGUCUCCCUGCCUUGCCGCCUGGAGGUGGUCUUUGAGUCUGGAAGUGUCACUGACCGGCCUGGGCAGCUUGCAGGAGAGGCUCUGACCAGUGAGCUGAGCCAGCACACAGCUGCCUUUGAGCGGCGCUUCGAGGAGACCUUUGGGCUGGCUGCUAAAGGCUACUCUCUGCAGGAGCAGCGUUUUGCCAGGGCUGCCCUCAGUAACAUGCUGGGUGGAAUGGGCUACUUCUUUGGGCACUCCCUGGUGCAGUCCCCACACGCCGACCAGCCCCAGCUGUACCCAGAAGGGCCCCUCUUCACGGCUGUGCCUUCCCGGUCCUUCUUCCCCCGUGGCUUCCUCUGGGACGAGGGUUUCCACCAGCUCCUGAUCGCCCGCUGGGACCCAGCUCUGAGCCGGGAGGUCCUGGCCCACUGGCUUGACCUCAUGAAUGCUGAGGGGUGGAUCCCACGGGAGCAGAUCCUGGGUGACGAGGCCCGCACCAAGGUCCCCCCCGAAUUCGUCGUGCAGCACAGCAGUGCAGGCAAUCCACCUACCCUUUUCCUGGCCCUACGGCAGCUGCUGGCCCAAGGCGAGGCGGACGGAGACUAUCUGCGGCGCCUCUUCCCACGCCUCCAAAGCUGGUACGAUUGGUACAACAAGACGCAGACUGGGCCUCUGCCCUACACCUUUCGCUGGCGUGGUCGGGACCAAGACACCCAGUUGUUCCUCAAUCCCAAGACCCUCACCUCCGGCCUGGAUGACUACCCACGAGCCUCCCACCCUUCCCCAGAUGAGCGCCACCUGGACCUACGCUGCUGGAUGGCUGUCAUCUCAGACGUCAUGGCGGACAUGGCCGACCAACUGGGGGAGCCAGCUGGGGAGUACCGGCACAUGGCCGAGGCUCUCGCCGACAACCAGCUGCUGGACCAGCACCACUGGGCCGAGACCCUCGGCACCUUCGCCGACUAUGGCAACCAUACCUCUGCUGUGGCCCUGGAGCGUGAGAAGCUCCGCCCCCCUCCGCCGGGCCAACCCUUACCCUCCCCGCAGCUGCUGCGCGUUGUCCGUAAGCCUCCCAUGACGCAGUUUGUGGGGGGCGCCCUUGGCUACGUCAGCCUCUUCCCGCUGCUUCUGGAGCUACUCAGCCCCAACUCGCCCCGGCUGGCCAGCCUGCUGGCGGACAUGCGCAGCGAGAAGAAGCUGUGGACCCCUUUUGGCCUGCGUUCCCUCUCACGCAGCAGCCCUUUCUACCUCAAGCACAACACGGAGCAUGAUCCCCCAUAUUGGAGGGGCCCCAUCUGGCUGAACAUCAACUACCUAGCAGUGCGGGCAUUGCACCACUAUGGCCAGCUGGAGGGGCCCUACCGUGACCAGGCAGCUGCUCUCUACCGCCAGUUGCGCACCAACCUCAUUGGCAAUGUCUUCCGGCAGUACCAGGAGAGCGGCUACAUCUGGGAACAGUACAAUGACAGCAGUGGCCGGGGCCAGGGCUGCUACCCCUUCACUGGCUGGUCAGCCCUGGUGGUACUCAUGAUGGCCGAGGAGUACUGAGGGCCAAGGGGGAGGCAGGAGAGGAUGAUGGUGGAAGUCCCUUCCGUGCCAGGCUUGCCCCUGCCUGCUUUUGGUGGGCAUCACGCUCAUCUUCCUCAGGUCUCUGGGCAGGAGCAACCCAGAUGCAGGCUCAUGGGACCCCCACCUGGGCUAUGCCCUCUUUUCAGUGCCAGGACCACUUACCAUUUUUAAAAAAGUGAAAUAAAAAGCUAGAA